AUGAAGUCCAACGGGGUCGUCGUGUCCCUGCUGCUCCUGUCGUUGUUCCUCCUGAGCGGUAUCUUCGCGGAACCAUCGGAGAAUGGAGCGACGAAGAAGCGCGGCGAUAUCACGCAGAAAUCGAACAACAACGAGGAGACGGAGGAGGAGGUCGCGAUCGAGGAUAUGGAGAACGCCUUCGAACAGCUGCGUGAGCUGAGUGCCCUGCGCGACACGAUACUCAAGCUCGUGCCGGCGUCCGACACGAUCUACGAGAAGAUCGGCAAGCAGGCGGCGACUCCUGGGAAGGAGGAUGGCGGAGAGGGCAAAGGGGAGACCAGUUCCGCUAGCAAGGAAACCGUGGAGAAUUCAGGGACGAGAAGCGUAUGGAUGAAGACCAUGAUUGCGAAAGAUCCGGACUCCUUAGUUUUAAACGAGAGACCACUCGAUGAGGACGAUAUAGAGUCUUGGGAGGCUCAAGAGCUGUACGACACGCUCGAGGAGGAGAUUCAAGAGCCACUAUCACCCGAGCAACAGGCUGCUGAGCAGUUGUUUAAGAAAGCGGAGAGCAUCAUAAACGCAAUGCGCGCCAACAAGCACGAAGGUUACAGGCUGCUCGUUGAAGCGGCCAAGUUAGGCCAUCGAGAGGCCAGAUCUAUACUGGCUUGGGCGAGAUUACUCGGAACUCCACUGGGUCCUACUUCUCUGAGAGUAGCUAUUGACGACAUACCUAAUAUAUUUAAAGUAUUUAAAGAACUUGCAGAUACUGGACUCCCAUCUGCUCAUAUGGGAAUGGGAUUUUUGUACGCAACUGGUAUUGGUGGCGUUAAUGCUUCUCAAGGAAAAGCUUUACUUCAUUAUACAGUGGCUGCCCUUGGUGGCGACGUUCGUGCUCAAAUGGUGAUGGGAUAUCGUCACUGGGCAGGCGUAACAACGUCGGCCUCUUGCGAGCGCGCUUUGGACUUUUAUCGAAAAGUAGCGAAAAAGGUCGCUGAGGAAGUCUCGUUGAGUGGUGGUCCGGUAGUCCAACGAGUUCGACUGUUGGACGAACAUGAAAAUCCAGGGUAUACUUCUGGGAUCUUUGAUCAGGAUUUAAUAGAAUACUAUCAACUGCUGGCCAAAAAGGGCGACACUCAAGCACAGGUCGGACUUGGUCAGCUUCAUUAUCAAGGAGGUAGAGGCGUUCCUUUGGAUCAUGAAAGAGCCGUGCAAUACUUUCAACAUGCUGCCGACGCUGGCAAUCCAGUAGCUAUGGCUUUUCUUGGAAAGAUAUAUUUAGAAGGAAGUGAAAUUGUUAAACAGAACAAUGAGACAGCAUAUAAAUAUUUCAAGAAAGCUGCGGAGUUGGGCAAUCCAGUAGGCCAGAGUGGAUUGGGUUUAAUGUACUUAUAUGGGAUGGGAGUAGAAAGAAACACUGCUAAAGCGUUGCAAUAUUUUAGUCAAGCUGCGGAGCAAGGUUGGGUUGAUGGACAAUUGCAGUUGGGCAAUAUGUAUUUUAGUGGCAUAGGCGUCAGACGAGAUUAUAAAAUGGCAAAUAAAUAUUUUAAUUUGGCCAGUCAGUCCGGUCAUGUACUGGCAUACUACAAUCUCGCUCAAAUGCACGCCACUGGCACCGGAAUGAUGAGAAGUUGUCCGACGGCUGUGGAAUUAAUGAAAAACGUUGCUGAGAGAGGAAAAUGGAGUGAUCAGUUGAUGGUGGCGCAUACUGAUUACAGAGAGGGCAGAAUAAACGAAGCGUUUCUCAAUUAUGCCCUGUUUUCCGAAAUGGGUUACGAGGUUGCGCAGAGUAACGCGGCAUUUAUUUUGGACAGAGGAGAAGCCGAUAUUCUAUCGGAAGAGGAAGGCUUGGUUAGAGCUCUGGCACUAUGGGCGCGAGCUGCCGCGCAAGGAUAUUCCGCUGCGCAGGUAAAACUUGGGGAUGCACAUUAUUAUGGCAGAGGAACAAAAGUUGACUAUGAAGCUGCUGCUGGCCACUAUCGUUCGGCGUCCGAGCAGCAACACAAUGCUCAGGCCAUGUUUAAUUUGGGCUAUAUGCACGAACGCGGUCUAGGUUUAGCUAAAGACCGACAUUUAGCGAAACGAUGCUACGACUUAGCCGCGGAUGCUAGUCCUGACGCGCGAAUACCUGUAGCGUUAGCUCUGUUUAAACUUUCUUUUUUCUUCGGCUUAGAUUAUUUACAAGAAUUUAGUUUAGUCGAUCAAUUGGAUAAAUGGGAUCAGUUGCUCGGGCAAAACUGGGACUUGUACCUUAUCGGAUUUCUCACGGGAAUACUUAGUCUUAUUAUAUACUUCCGCAGACCGCAGCCACCUCCUCCACCGAGACCUCCUAUUAACUAAAUUUUGUACUUUCAUUCAUUUUAUCUCGUAUACAUAUAUGAAUAUACAUAGAUUUUUCUAGACUAAGCUUGGACAGAAUUUUAUAAGAGAUUCGUAUUGGGACAUCAUUUUUGAUAACAUCCUUCCGAUGGCGCAAUAACGUCGAGGCUGAAUAACUUCGAGUUCAAUAUUUAAGUGCGCGUUUUGAAUGUAUAUAUAUAUCAUAAUAGUUUAUUACUCUAACUCAGAUUACUCCUAAAUUUCUGGAAAAGUGUAUAAUCGAUGUAACUGGUGAUAUUUAUAACUUUGAGUUUAAUAUUUCAGUGUGCGUUUUGAAUGUAUAUAUUAUAAUAAUUUACUUCUCUAACUCAGAUUACUCCUAAAUUUCUGGAAAAUUAUAUAAUCGAUACAAAUUAAUUGUUAAGUUAACAUAAUUGAAGAUUUUUUUAUAAAUUUACUUUGAUUAUUUCUUGUACACUAAUAUGGACUCAGUUCCUAGUUCAUAAAGUUCCAUUAUUAAGCUCAAUGUAUAUCAUAUGAGUAGAAAUAUUGUCCAAACGAACGAGUUUAUUGUAAACAAUUUUUGGAUUGCCCUCUUUUUGCAAAACAAUACGAUAUCGUCCAAUUGAUUCAAAUUCGCAAAUUUAAUCAUUAUUUUUCUUAUAAAUAUAACAUUAAAAUCUUUGCAGCAAUAUAUUAUUUCAUAGUAGUUUUGUACAAUUAAAUCACUUAUAUAGCUUUUUUCAGUGACACAUUAUCUUAGAUUACACAUGAUACAUAUUAAAAUAUUACAAAACAUUGCUGUAAUAUAAAAUACGAAUUAAAAAGUUGUUGAUUAUUUAUCUAAUAAAAUUGUUUUAUUGCCAAA